AUUUUGGCAUUGUAAUACAGUACAUAGUAUGAACUACUUCGUUAAAAGACAAGUUUUCCUCAGAUCUCACGGACUUGUGACAGAAGCAUAGAAACAGAUUGAGGAAAAAGCCAGAGCGACCCAUGUUGGCAAAUCUACUUGUUUCUUCAAACUCACCAAAAAAAUGAGGUGAGGUCUUUUUCUGCUUAUUUUUUUCUUCGUCUAUUAAUGGCUGACUUUUGUCGUCUGUAAUCCCAAACCCACUCUCUCUCUGUCUCUCUCUCGCCUCGCUCCUUCACGUGAAUGUUUAUUUGAGAGUUUCUGCAACUUGGUUAUCUUUUUUAAUUGCCAGAUUAAGAAUACCAAUUAGUUUCAAAAAUGGUAUUCUUCUCUUCUCUUCAAGUGCUUACCUCUCUUUCUCUGGCUAAAUGAAAGUUUACCCCCUGUUGAUUCUCUCGUUUUCAUAUCUAAAUUUUGGUUGAGAAGUUAGCGGUUUGGAAAUUCAACCAACGACUUUAAUAUGUCAUUUCUUAAGCUUCUUUCUAUUUUAUUUUUCGUCUAACCCGUUCUCUACGAAGUAUUAACAAGUUAGACUUUAAAAGAGGUCGAAGUUUGGUGUACCAAAGGAAUUAUAUUUUGGUAUUGGGAAAACCACGGUUCGUAAAAGUUAUUUUCUUUUCCACAUAUAUCUUUCCAAGUGUUAUUCUUUUGGCCCAAAAUUCACCUCCUUAAACAGGUAGUUCAGUUGUUUUCUUGACGAGAAGUUUUUGUACUAUCCGGAAUAGAGUUCUGAAUUAGAUUGAUUUAUUUGCUGAAGGAAUAUUUUGUCACCGACUAACUCGUGUAAAACACUUCUCUUUCUCUUGUUCACACAUCAUCCUUUACCUUUAUGACCCAUUCUAGGGAUUGAAAUCCUCUCCCCUUGCUUGUUUUGAUCUCAGAUUAUCCCAAACGUAACCAGGAUUUGGGUUCUUGGAGUAGUCAUGAGAACUGGGAAAUUCUUGCUUUGCUUGAUCUCUUCAUGGCUUUUAAUUUACCUGAUAUCUGAAACUUGCUUGGCUAGUGUUCGAAGUUUUGGUAAAAUCAAGCCUACGUUCCAAGGAUCUCAAAUGAAUUGGAUUGACAACGAUGGCUUGUUUCUCUUGUCCAACAAGUCUCAGUUCGCUUUUGGCUUCACCACCACCCAAGAUGUCACAAAAUUCCUGCUAGUAAUCGUCCACAUGGACAGCAGACGAAUUAUUUGGACUGCAAAUAUGGACUCCCCAGUCGCCAAUUCUGAUAAGUUUGUCUUCAAUGAAAACGGUAGAGUUUACUUGCAAAAAGGAGGAAGUGUGGUUUGGUCCAUAGAUACUGGUGGCAAAGGAGCUUCUGCGAUGGAGUUGAUGGAUUCAGGUAAUUUGGUUUUGCUAGGAGAGGACAGUAGUAAAAUUUGGGAGAGUUUUGACCAUCCAACGGACACCCUUUUAUGGGGACAGGAUUUUGUUGAAGGGAUGACACUUGUGAGCACGCCGAACUCGAAAAACUUGAGCUAUUUUCUUGAAAUAAAGUCCGGCGACAUGAUUCUCUCAGUCGGUUUCAAAACACCACAGCCUUAUUGGUCUAUGAGAACGGACAUCCGCAAAACCAUCAACAAAGAUGGUAGAGGAGUCAGCAUGGCAUCUAUAGAAGGAAACUCAUGGAAAUUCUAUGAUAAAAGCAGAGUUCUACUCUGGCAAUUCAUUUUUUCAUCUAAUUCUGAUUCAAAUGCAACUUGGAUUGCGGCUUUGGGAAACGAUGGUAUCAUCUCUUUCUUCAAUCUUGAGAACGAAGAAUCAUCUGGUUCUUCAGCACCAAUAAAAAUACCAAGUGAUGUUUGCAGCACACCACAGCAUUGUGAUGCAUUUUAUGAAUGUUUCAGUGAUAACAAGUGUCAGUGCCCUUCUGGUCUUAGCUCCCUUCCCAAUUGCUCAACAGGGACAGUAUCUUCAUGUAAUCGUUCCAAAAGCCCUACGCAACUCAUAAACGCUGGAGCUGGACUCUACUAUUUCGCACUCGGGUUUGUCUCACCCUCCUUGAAAGGCGACUUAAAUCGCUGCAAAACUUCAUGCCAAAACAACUGCUCAUGCGUUGCCUUGUUCUUCCAAAACAGCACAGGAGAUUGUUUUAUGUUCAGCAGUGUAGGCAACUUCCAAAAUUCAGACAAAGGUUCCAGCUUUGUUUCAUACAUUAAGGUCUUGAGUGGAGGCAGUGACCCAAGUGGGAGCAGCCGCAAACACUUCCCAUAUGUUGUGAUCAUUGCUAUAUCCACGGUACUUGUUAUUUGCUUUCUACUUUAUUUGGGUUAUCGUUAUUACAAGAAGAACAAAUUUCCAGAAUCUCCUCAAGAGACUUCAGAAGAGGAUAAUUUCUUGGAAACUUUGUCUGGUAUGCCUGUUCGUUUCAGCUACAAAGAUCUUCAGACAGCCACUAAUAACUUCACACAGAAACUUGGGCAAGGGGGUUUUGGCUCAGUUUACCAAGGGGUUCUCCCUGAUGGGACUCGUUUGGCUGUGAAAAAACUUGAAGGUAUAGGUCAAGGAAAGAAGGAGUUCAGGGCUGAAGUUAGCAUUAUUGGCAGCAUUCACCACAUCCACCUGGUCAGGCUGAGAGGCUUUUGUGCAGAAGGAAGCCAUCGUCUUCUAGCUUACGAAUUCAUGGCCAAUGGUUCUUUAGAAAAAUGGAUUUUCCGGAGAAACAAACAAGACCAUUUGUUGAGUUGGGACACGAGAUUCAACAUUGCAGUCGGAACAGCAAAAGGGUUAGCUUAUCUUCAUGAAGACUGCGAUUCUAAGAUCAUUCACUGCGAUAUUAAGCCCGAAAAUGUUCUCCUAGACGAUAAUUAUCAAGCCAAGGUCUCGGAUUUCGGCUUGGCUAAGCUAAUGACUCGUGAACAAAGUCAUGUUUUCACGACUUUAAGGGGAACGAGAGGUUACCUCGCCCCGGAAUGGAUCACAAACUACGCCAUAUCAGAGAAAAGCGAUGUUUAUAGCUAUGGAAUGCUCCUGCUAGAGAUCAUUGGAGGAAGGAAAAACUACGAUCCAACGGAGACGUCUGCGAAAUCCCAUUUUCCGUCCUUCGCGUUCAAGAUGAUGGAGGAAGGAAAACUGAGGGAAAUCCUUGACUGGAAACUGGAGAACGACGAAAAUGACAAGAGCGUUUCGACGGCCAUUCAGGUUGCUUUAUGGUGUAUACAAGACGACAUGAAUCUAAGACCUUCGAUGACGAAAGUGGUCCAAAUGCUAGAAGGUCUCAGUCCUGUUCUUCCUCCGCCAACUUCUUCUCCAGUGGGUACUCGAUUCUUCUCUGGGUUCUUGAAAUCGACAAGCGACGAGGGAACUUCCUCGGGUCCUUCGGAAUAUAACAGUGAUGCUCAUCUCUCUGCAGUUCGGCUUUCAGGACCCAGAUAACAGAAAAGAGAACGCUGAAGAAAAAGAAAAAAGAUUACGAAGAUGAUGAUGAAUUUCGUCGUUUAAUAUAUCUGUUUAUCGUUUUACACUUUUUUUUUAAUGUUCUUUUGUAUAUUUUGUUGUGUCAGUAAAUUUUUGUUAAGAGUUAGCGAUUGAGGUUACUUGAGCUUCAUAGCUCUGUUCGCCGUGCUCUAUGUAAAUAACGGACUAUUCAGUAUGGUAAGAUUAAGGAAAUUAGACUAGAUCUGUGAUGAAUAUUAUUAGGGAAAUUUUAAUAAUAUACUCCAUUUCUCUA